AUGUCACAACAAGGUGGACACAGUUGCGCGGCGAAAUGCAAUCUUCCGGACACUAGUCGCAUGGUCGCCUGCGAUCGAUGCGGUCUAUGGUGGCACUUCGAGUGUGUGAACGUCGGGGACAGCAUCAACGAAAAAGAUUUUCUGUGCCCCAAAUGUAAACCGGAAGCCGGACCUCCUCAAAAAGCCUCGGUUGUCGGGUCUAUUUCCUCCACCAGUUCCUCGCAGCGACGUGUGCUUCUCAAAUUGCAAAAGUUGGAGGAAAUGAAGGCACUACAGGAGCGGCAACUGGACAUCGACCGGCGCGAGCAGGAACAACGAUUUGAGAUCGAGAAGCUCCAGCAUACUACGGCCAUGGAUCGGAAGAAGUUGGAAUUAGAAAAGAAAUUUCUGAAUGAGAAAUUUCGUGUAAUGGAUGAAGCGGGACACGACGAAGACGACGAUGACAGGAGAAGCCAAAAAUCAACCCGAAGUUUCGACAGCAAUGUUCUGCGAUGGAAAGUGGAUCGACUUCUGGCGAGCACAAAAGUUACGACGAUUGCCACUUCGCUCCCAGAGACAGCUUCCGCGCCAGUGACGACUGCGACCGCAAAUAUCAGUGUUGGACAGGUGCGAAUCUCCGAUGCUCCGGUGCAAAUAGCCUCAGAAACCUCGAAGCAACCUGCAACAAACGCUUCCGUGCCAUUGCCAGGUACCAACAUCAACCAUCCAGGUACUUUAGAUAUAAGCUAUCAUACUGAUUAUAUUCGAUUACCACAAAAUGUAUAUGCUACCGCGACAAAUAAUGUAACAAAUAACGUCUAUACUGCCGAUUCAAAUGUGAUGCCAAAUUAUAUGCCGGUAAACACUUAUGUUAGCUCGUCUAUUCGCGAACCGAUACUGUCGACGGGUACGAUUCCAAAACGUCACACCUUCCCGACGUCGUCGAAUUUGCCUACGUUGCAGCUACCGUCCAUAGCUUUACCACAGGUUCCAGGGCAACAAUAUUCGCUGAAUCCCGGUAACUCGAAUCCUAGUUUUGUGUACCCUAAUAUUUCACGCUGUGCUCCGAGUGCUGGUGCAGAAAUUUAUCCACCGAGACAGCCGAUUUCGACGGUCGCCGAUUGCAAUCCUAUAUUUUUCCCGCAGCCUGGAGCUGCACCUUUUCCUAUCCGUGCUGAGAGAGCCGAUCAGAUGCAGGGUUUUCCUGUUCCGGACCCGUUUGCUGCUGUACCUGUGCUGAACGAUUCAUCGUAUCCCGGGCAGAAUGAUUAUCUGACGUUUUUUCCUGCGCAUCCAGGGGCGACUAUCAUCCAAGGGGACGUUCCCGCUGGCGCGGGCUUCGCCGCGGCAAAUGAUUCCGGAGGUUUCGAGCAACACACGAACAGCCGGGCAUUCCAGGGGCCCACCCCCCAACAGUUGGCGGCCCGCCAAUUCAUGGCACGUGACUUGCCGACAUUCUCGGGCGAUCCAGAGGAUUGGCCUUUAUUCUCGAGCAUGUACUACAAUUCCAGCCAAUCAUGUGGGUUGUCUGAUACCGAAAACUUGAUGCGUUUGCAACGUAGCUUACGAGGCCAGGCGUUCGAGGCGGUUCGUAGCAAACUUUUGCUUCCUAAUUGUGUUCCGGAGGUGAUGGAAACUUUGAAAGCCCUCUUUGGCAUACCGGAGAUGCUGAUUCAAAACCUGUUGAAGAAGGUUAAGGAAACGCCUGCACCGAAAUCGGACAAGCUCGAAUCUCUCAUAGCUUUUGGGACAGUGGUACGAAAUUUAACGGAUCAUCUGAUAGCUGGUGGUCAAGUCGCGCAUCUAAAUAAUCCUAAUCUUCUUUUCGACUUGGUCCAAAAAUUGCCUGCGGAUAGACAAAUUCAAUGGGUCAUGUACAAGGGACAAUUCAGUGAUCCGAAUCUCCGGACUUUCGCACAUUUUUUAUCUAUCCUGGUGAAUGCUGCUUCCGAGGUGACGCCUUUUUUGAAUAGUAAACCGGAUUCACGUCAACCUAAAUCCGGCGGCUCAGGAGCUCGGGGUUUUAUCCACACACACAUCACGCAAAAUACUAAGGUCGAGGUGCCAAAUUCGUCGGUUGAAAGCUCCGGUAAUAACGACAAAAUGUGUAAGGUCUGUCGUAAGUCCGAUCAUCGGGUCAAGGACUGUGUCGAGUUCAGGAACAAGAGUGUCGAGGAUCGCUGGAAUUUAGUUCAUCAACUGUUUUUGUGUCGAAAUUGCUUAUUCCAACACGGACGAAGACGGUGUCAACUAAAAAAGGCAUGCGGGGAACAAGGUUGCAACUACAAACAUCAUCCACUACUUCACACUCCGAAAGCGAAUUCGAUUCCAGCGAGUGUCAAUAGCCAUCGUCACGAAAACCGCUCGUCGCUUUUCCGAAUCCUGCCGGUGACGUUGCACUUUGGAGGAAGAUCCGUGAAUGUGUUUGCUUUCUUCGAUGACGGGUCAUCGAUUACUCUCGUGGAGAACAGCGUAGCAGAGGACCUGGGGAUUGAAGGAAAAGGUGGAAUUUUGUGCUUAACGUGGACAGCCGACGUAACACGGGAUGAACCUAACUCGAAGUGGGUCUCGUUUGAUAUUUCCGGGGAAAAUUCCGCUCACCGAUACCAUUUGAACAAUGUGAAAACAGUAGAUAAUCUGGCUCUUCCGGGACAAACUUUGGAGUACAAACGAUUAUCCGAGCAGUACCCACAUCUUUCUGGAAUUCCGAUGGUAGAUUACCGAAACGCUGUGCCGAAAAUACUCAUUGGCAACGAUAAUGCGCAUCUUGCAGUUCCUCUCCGUCGACGAGAAGGUAGCAGCGACGCUCCCAUUGCGACUAAAUCUCGUCUGGGAUGGACCAUCCACGGACCGAUAUUCGAACAUACAAAAUCGGAUCCGCAGUGUAAUUUCCACCUUUGCCAGUGCUCCACGAAACAUGAUACGUUGCAUGAUCUCGUAAAACAAUCGUUUACCGUUGAGAACCUGGGAAUCAGUUUCCGCGGAACUUCAGAAUCGGAUGAGGAUCGGCGUGCUCGAAACAUACUCGAGGCUACAACAAGGCGAGUUGGUCAACGGUUCGAAACCGGCUUAUUAUUCAAAUAUGAUUACCUAGAAUUUCCCGACAGUCGUCCCAUGGCGCUGAGGCGCAUGCAGUGUCUCGAACGGCGAAUGGCAGCCGAUCCGGUAAUAGGAAGCAGCGUCCGGAAACAGAUAUCGGAGUACCUACAAAAGGGAUAUUUACGAAAAGCAACAGAAACCGAUCUGAAUGAAACAGAUCCUCGCCGGGUGUGGUAUUUACCCCUUGGGAUCGUCAUUAAUCCUAAAAAACCCGGGAAAAUUAGAAUAUUCUGCGAUGCCGCGGCGAAAGUGGACGGAGUGAGCUUGAAUAGCGUUCUGAUCAAAGGUCCUGAUUUAUUACUAUCCCUUCCGAGAGUACUGUGCGGGUUUCGUGAGAAGAAGGUAGCUGUGUGCGCGGACAUAAGGGAGAUGUUUCAUCGGGUUCUGAUACGCGACGCCGAUGUUCAGGUACAACGAAUACUGUGGAGAGACGACCCGAAACUGGAGCCUACCGUUUUUCUCAUGAAAGUUGCCACCUUUGGAGCCACCUGUUCACCUUGUUCGGCGCAAUAUGUGAAGAAUAAAAAUGCGGAGGAGUUCCAAUCACAAUACCCUGCCGCCGCAAAUUCGAUUAUCGAACACCACUAUAUGGAUGACUAUCUAGAGAGCUUCGAUACCGAAGAAGAAGCUGCACAGCGGGCUCAAGAAAUAAAGUACGUUCACUCAAUGGCUGGUUUUGAAAUUCAUUCGUGGUCGUCAAAUUCUGAACGGGUCUUGGACGUCCUGGGAGAAGCAGAUCCGACAGCGGUUAAGAGAAUUGACUCGAGCGUGGAUUGCGAAACUGAACGUAUCCUGGGAAUGUUGUGGCUACGCCAAGAAGAUUCAUUUACAUACUCUUCAGAUUUCGGAAGAAUUCCGGACUGGCCGACGAAGCGGGAGGUACUACGCACGGUCAUGAGUCUCUACGACCCUUUAGGCCUCCUCUCACAUUUCACCAUCCAUGGGAAGAUCCUGAUACAGGAUAUUUGGCGAAGCGGCUGUUCAUGGGAUCAACCGAUUCCGGAACCUCUUCAAGAACGCUGGAAGCGAUGGGUUUCGUUGUUUCCGGAGCUGAACAAGAUUCGAAUCCCUCGUUGUUAUUUUCCGGAAUGCAGCUCAAAGGAACUGAAUGAUCUACAGCUCCACAUGUUCGUCGACGCAAGCGAAGCGGCCUACGGAUGCGCCGCAUAUUUGAGAGCUACGGUUGGAGGGGCGGUCCGUUGCGUUCUGGUUUCGGCGAAAACCAAAGUGGCGCCAUUGAAAACUCUGUCGAUACCGCGCCUCGAACUUCAAGUCGCGCUCAUAGGUAGUCGACUUAUCGAUAAUGUCAAUUCUAUGCUCUCCUACAAAAUUUACCAACGUUUUAUUUGGAGCGAUUCCAAAACAGUUAUGUCCUGGAUCAAUUCGGAUCAGCGCAAGUUUAACCAAUUCGUGGCGUGUCGUGUCGGAGAGAUUUUGGAAAGAACGGAUGCACGAGAGUGGAGAUGGAUUCCUACUAAAUUGAAUGUGGCAGACCAUAUGACUAAGUGGGUAUCUAUUCCGGAUUUUUCUUCAACCGGAAGAUGGUUCGUAGGUCCAAGCUUCCUGUACGAUGACGAAAAAACUUGGCCUGGGGAGAACUUAACUGUGGAAGAAACGAACGAGGAGUGCCUUAAUCGGAAUGUGGAGAGGGUAACUGUACACGCUGUUUACAAACCGGAGCCGAUGAUCGAUUGGAGAAACUUCUCUCAGUGGAACCGACUAGUCCGAGCAGCGAGUUAUGUGUAUCGUUAUUUGUGGAACUUACGAAGGAAGGCGAAGGAGGAACCUAUUAAGCUGGGGAUGCUCGAACAGGAAGAAAUUGAAGCUGGGGAGAUGUUUGUCUACCGUAGUAUCCAGAAAGAGUCGUUUGCCACAGAAUUUGCCGUUCUAGAACGAGGCCGAUCCUCUGACGAAAAAAUUCGAAGCCUCAAGCCCACCAGCAAACUUUCGCAGCUAUCUCCGUUCAUCGAUGACCGCGGCGUUCUCCGGAUGGAGUCCAGAAUAAGUGCGGCCGCCUUCGUAUCAUAUGACACCAGAAACCCUAUAAUAUUACCACCUGAGAGCCGAGCAACGCAUCUUUUAGUGCAUGAGAUGCACAAGAAAUAUCUGCAUCAAAAUCACGAGACGGUCGUCAACGAGAUCCGGCAGAAGUUCCACGUGUCACGCCUGAAAUCGCUGGUUCGUCGAGUAUCGAAGGAUUGUCUUCACUGCCGGGUGUAUAAAGCUGUCCCGAGAGUUCCCCGUAUGGCGCCUUUGCCUGCUGCCCGUCUUGGUGCAUUCUUUCGGCCAUUCUCCUACGUAGGACUGGAUUUCUUUGGUCCGAUGCCGGUGCGAGUUGGACGUUCUACUGUCAAGCGCUGGGUGGCCCUCUUCACCUGUUUAACCAUCAGGGCGGUGCAUUUGGAGGUGGUUCAUUCUCUAACGACGAUGUCCUGUAAGAUGGCGGUGCGGCGUUUCGUUGGCCGGAGGGGGUCUCCGGCCGAGAUCUACUCCGACAACGGGACCAACUUCUGUGGAGCCAGGAACGAGCUGAUGAAGGAUUGGGACGAGAUUAACCAUCACUUAGCCAACUCAUUUACAAACUCGAAGACCAAAUGGCGAUUGAAUCCUCCAUCGGCACCCCACAUGGGAGGAGCGUGGGAGCGGCUCGUCAGGUCCGUUAAAAUUGCCUUUUAUGCGAUGAAUACUACGAAGACCCCCAAUGAAGAGACAUUUGCUACGUUGAUUGUUGAAGCUGAAGCUAUCGUCAAUUCGAGACCUUUGACCUUCGUAUCCCUUGAAAAUGAUUCGCAAGAAGCGCUCACACCCAACCACUUUAUGCUGCUGAGUUCGAGUGGAACGGUUCAACCUCCGAAAGAAAUUAUGCAUCCUAAACUAGCGACAAGAGACGACUGGAAUUUGAAUCGCCACCUUGCGGAUAUGUUUUGGCAUCGUUGGGUGAAGGAGUACCUGCCGGUAAUAGCCCGACGCACUAAAUGGUUCGCCGAGACGAAGGUGUUGGAAUGCGGCGAUUUGGUUGUAGUGGUCGAUGAAACGGUUCGAAAUGGUUGGCUGAGAGGUCGUGUGUUGGAAGUACGAGUGGGAGCAGACGGACGAGUGCGCCAAGCUGUGGUACAAACAUCUUCAGGAACUAUUACGAGACCAGUAGCAAAGAUAGCGGUUUUAGAUCUCUGUUCGCGUAAGCCGUCGAUGGAUAUCUUGCCUUACGGGAGGGGGGAUGUUACCGCUGCUUUGAACGUUCCCUCUGAUCGUUUUGGGACCCCUUGA